AUGGAGAGUUCGACAAGAAAGCCUUAUUUCAUAGAAGAAGAAGACGAUGGAUUGGUUUCUCUAGCUGAGAUGGAAGCUGGAGUUGCGACUCCUUUUUCUUGUUACAAAAACAUCAACCAGUACCAUCCUCAGAGUUAUUAUUAUAAUUACCAUCAGUACUCUGUUUCAUCACCCAGAUCUGUUGUUGCCUCUGGAAAAUUCCAUGAUUUUAGAUUCGAUAACAGCUAUUUAGGACAACAAUCAGCUCCUCAUUUCUUGGACUCUUGUUUCCUCUGCAAGAAGCGUCUUGGUAAUAACAAAGACAUCUUCAUGUACAGAGGAGACACACCGUUCUGUAGUGAGGAGUGUAGAGAAGAACAAAUAAAUAGAGACGAAGCUAAAGAGAAGAAAAAUAAUCUGUCUUCAUCAGUGAAAGCCAUGAGAAGAAACGAAAAGAGAAGCUCUUCUUCUUCUCCAACUAGAUCUCGUGACUAUGCUUUCCACACUGGAACUGUUGCUGCUGCUUAGUUUCAAUAUCUAUUUAGUUAAUAUUCCAAGGCAAAACAAAAACCAAGAUAAUCCAUUAAAACCAGUUGCUGUAAAAGUUGGUUAAUGGUUUGAAUUUUUAUCUCUUUUUCAAGGGUUUGUCCUUUUUCGUUAUUAGUAUUAGAUUUUAUUUUACAUAAAGAAAAAAAAUCAUGCAAUUUUGGGAGCACAAGAAAACUGUGGCCAAACGUUUGCCUAUGUGAAUUUGGUAAAUCUUUUUCUCUGUUAGUAUGUGAAGAAAACAAAAAUAUAUGUAAAUAUGAACAUCAUCAUCUUCCUGGCUGUUCUUUU